CAUACAAUAUUGCGGCGCACUAACUAGGACCCAUUAUGACCUACAAGUACCAUUUUUCAGACAAAUCCGUGAAGAAAUGUGGUGAAAAAGUGUGGCAAAAAUCAUCAAAAUACCGAAUAUCGGGAUGUACCGUUAUAUGAGGACUAUACCAAAACGUUAUAUGGGGACUAUACCAAAACGACCGAUAUAUCUCAUUUUCAAUACCAACCAUCCUAGAUACAGUCGUGUGAAGUCGGGUAAAUUUUAGUUUUUAUGUUUAGUACAUGUUAUCGUUAACAACCUGUAAACAUUUUUAGAAAUAUUUUACGGAAGGCACCCCGAAAUAUUUCACGGAAGGCACCCCGCGCAAGAAUACGAUCUACACAUAAUACAUAAAAAUGCAUUUAUACAAAGAUAUACGGAGAAAAUAUAACACAACCACAAUCAACAAAAUAAAACAAUAUUCAAAAUGUAACAGGCAAACAGCAUCGUUGUCCGCAUCAGUUACAUUUUUAAUAAAAUGCAGAAACAUUGGUAUUAUACCAAACUUCAUACACAACACAACCAAAAACACUUACAAUAUGUUCAAAGCAAACGACAAAAUACCGCCAAAUUUAUUAACUUCUUUAAAAACACACAACUAUAAUUUUCACUUAAAACUACUCAAACAUCUAAUACAACACAAACAUAAAGAACUGCACAAAAACAAAAUCACAGUUACAAAAACCAAAGAAACACUUCAACAAGUAAUGGACGAGAACGAUUUUUCUCUUCUCAUGGAGAGCGAAAAUCAUUUACAUAAAACACACAACAACAAUAACAAAACAAGACACGUCAGGAAAUACGAAGCACUGCUACAAAAACAACGCGAAAAACUCAACAUUAAACACAACAAUGAGUGGUUUUCGAACAACACAAGCACAGUCAUACCUGAAGAUAUUCAGUGGCUACUUUCGUUGGAACCAAAAUAUGCGUUACCAACAACAAAAGCAUCAUUCCCUUUAUUAAAUGUAAUAGCAGAGAGCGAGGAGUGCGUGCAAACUUUAAUCAAUAAGGAAGAUCAAGAAAACGGGAGAAUAAAACUAGUCUCUCUGAUUGACGACCACUUACAACGGACAAAACUGAGUAUAAGAGAUAAAAUAAUAAUUGACACAGUGGGUAGAAUAAAACAAUUUUUAAAACAAAACAAAGAUAUCUUAAUUUUAAAUGCCGAUAAAGGGGGAAAGACUGUUGCUAUGUAUAAGAAUGAAUAUGAUACCAAAAUGAAGAAUAUACUGCGGGACAUGUGCAUAAAUAGACGACUAAAACGGGAUCCAACUUAUAACCUACAAAAUAAAAACAACAAAUUGACGGAGAAAUUACUAAAAAUAAAUAUCAUAAAUGUUUUUGAAAAAAAAAAAAACAAAUUGAGUACAAACACAGCAGUUGCGCCAAGAAUUUACGGACUACCCAAAAUCCAUAAAGAAGGAAACCCACUUAGACCGAUAUGUUCAUCAAUAAACUCCCCAACAUAUGAGCUUUCCAAAUACAUCGUGGAUAUUUUAAAACAUUUGACAAAGGAUUCUAGUUAUAAUAUGAAAGACGCGCUGGAUCUAAAAGACAGAAUUAAAGAAGUAAAAAUUGAAGAGGACGAAAUCUUAUUAUCUUUUGACGUUGUAUCGCUAUUUCCCAGCAUACCUAUACAUUUAGCUUUGAAAACAAUAGCAGAAAAAUGGGACAUUAUUAAAACACAUACACAAAUUCCGAAGGACCUCUUAAUAGAAAUACUGACUCUUUGUAUAAAAGAAUCAAGAUAUUUUAUGUAUGAUGACAAGGUGUAUGAACAGAAUAAAGGACUUCCUAUGGGAUCUCCUGUGUAACCGAUUAUUGCGGAUAUCGUAAUGGAGGAGUUAUUGGACGCUACAAUGGGAAAAAUGAUGACAAAGCCAAAAAUAUUGAUUAAAUAUGUUGACGACCUAUUUUGCAUUGUAAAGAAAACGGAAAUUGACAACACUUUAAAUGUUUUAAACUCCUAUGAUAGAAAUGUGCAAUUUACCCACGAAAGCGAAGAACAAGGAAAGCUAGCAUACUUGGACGCCCUUAUAAUUAGACAAGGCAAUGAACUGAUCCUUGAUUGGUAUCAAAAACUGACAGCUUCAGGACGACUUAUCAACUAUUAUUCAAAAGAUCCAAGACGAAUAAAAAUAAAUACAGCCGUAAAUUUUAUUAAAAGGGUACAUAGCAUAAGCGACGAACGUUUUCAACAAAAAAAAACGAACAGCGAAUACGUAAUAUCCUUCAAAACAACGACUUCCCGAAUAACACUAUUGACGAUCUUAUAAAAGGCGCAAAAAACAAUAACAAAAUCAAAACGAGGGAUACAAUGAAAAAAUUAUACAAGCCAGUUACAUACAUAUCUGGACUUUCGGAGCGAUUCUGCGACUCCAACAUUUAUAAUAAGGACAAGUAUCAAUUAGCCUUUAAAUCUAAGAAUAACGUCAACUCUUUAUUUAGCAAAACAAAAUCGAAAAUAAAAAAAGAAGAUAAGUGUAAUGUAGUAUAUAAGAUAAAAUGUGCAGGGGACGAAACUAACAUAUGCCAGAAGGUAUAUGUUGGUACAACAAAAAGCAAACUUAAGACUAGACUAUCUGGACACAAGUCAGAUCAAAAAACGGACAAACCACUAGAACAAAAGACGCGCUUGCGUCACAUUGCACGAUGACUGGCCAUAAACCAAAUUUUAAAGACGUUAAAAUACUGACACAAGAAAAUAAUUAUAAAAGACGUUUUACUCUUGAAAUGUUAAAUAUUAUAAACAUACCAACAGAUGUUAGAAUGAACUAUAAAACUGAUACUGACCACUGUGCACACAUUUAUAGGAACUUAGUUCAAAAGCAUAGACAGACAAAAAUUUAGUUUAGCAUAGACGGUGAAACAAGACUGUUGCUUUUCUCAAUAAAAAUUUUUUCCCUGAAGAUGACUGUCGAAGACAGUCGAAAUAUCGGAAAAUAAAAACCAAAAUUAUAAAAAUAAAACACUGAUGUUUUUCAAUUGACCUUAAGCCAAAAUAAAGUUAAUAAGAAUCAAUAUACAGGUCAACAAUAAAAAACAACAACAAUAUUUUACGCCCCUUUUUUGAAGUUUGGCUUCAAUCGAGCAAAAAAUAUUAAAAACAUUGCUAAUUUACUGGAACUCAUUUUUCAUAAAUUUGGAAUAGAAUCUGCUGAAUACAACCUACAAGUUAAAAAAAUAGAGAAAUGAUCCGCAGUUUAUGCAAAAAAAUUUAACAAAAAAUGGAUUGCUGCCUGUAGAAAUAGAAAAAUUUUGGAGCAUCGUCACGCUGAAUGGCUAAAUACAACUGUUGAUUUUAAUAUGGAAUAUGAUAAAAUUACUUUGAAUUCGGGUAAUUUCAAAUUACGAGGACGGCCACCUAAGUUCUUUUCGGAAUCAUGCUCACGUUCAAAGGUACAUAAAGGUAUCUGCAAUAGUUGGAAAUACUACAAGCAAGAAUUAUAAAUCGCCGCACGGAUGAGCUCAUAUAAAUCAGGUGAAAGGGAUGCAGCUGAUAAAAGCAAUUGUAAAAUCGCGAAAAAAAGCUUCAACUUUAGAAAAAAAAUUAUCUUAUCCUCAAGUUACACCCACCUUAUAUUCAGCUGAUGAAGCAUUGGUAUUUUAUGUUGACGGGAGUAGAUGAAAGAAUUAUUAAGAAUUUUAACAUAAUCCUUUCAACAAUGGCUUGUGGUUAUGCUUUUAAUAUCGAGGCAUUUAAUAAUAUUGAUCACGAAACAGCAAAACUGUUCUUAAAAUUGUAAACAUGGUUCUACAUGCCCUCAAGUAUUCAUAGGAUAUUAGUACAUGCCGCCUUAUGGUAUGUUAUCGGAGGAGGUAUGGAGUCAAGAAAUAUGGAUUUCCGGAAUUAUAGGAAGAUGUCACGUGAAAAAAACAUGAGAGGCCUUUUUAACAGAUUUUUGAUUUCUUCUGAUCCUGUAAUAUCAAGAUAAUCUCGGAGUACUUACAUCAGCUGUCGGCAAAGUGAGCCUCUAACAAAAGACAUAUUUAGCUUGUUACAGGAUCCAUUGCUACCAACUAGCUACAAAUCAAACGAGAAUUCAGAUCUUGAAAGUGAUGGAGAUUAUUAAAUAAAAUUAAAUUAAUAAAUAAAAAUAAAAACAAUGCCUGUAUAUAUAAAUAAUAUAUUCAUUGAAAUAAAUCUUGUUUGUAAGUAAGUUUCUGAAUUAAAAAAUAUUUUGUUUACACAACUAUUUAAAACUAAAGUGUAACUCUGAUUUUAUGUCGAUUCGUAUCUAAAUGGAGCAUUGGAAAGCGAAAAUCUCCAAUUUUUAUUUUUUUCGCGCUGAAUUGUUGAUUUUUCCCACAGUGCUUCGCCUCCUCAUGUAGGUGAUCGACAUGUGUCAUGAGGAGGCACCCCGUUGCGGUUCUGCCCGGACUGAAUAUUUUUCCACUGCGUAGCACUACCGUUGGAGGACCACACCGGAGCCGCAUAGUUUACCACAGACCGACCUAUUGCAUUGUAAGAGGUCAACAAGGUUUCCUUAUCAGCUCCCCAAGUUCUGCCGGCCAGA